AUGAAUCAAGAUUUUAUGUCAGAAUAUAUUGAACUCGGGCACAUGGAACCUGUGAACGAAGAAGUGUCUGCUCGACAAGUUUGCUACAUUCCACAUCACGGUGUUUACAAGGAUUCCAGCUCAACAACAAAAUUGAGAGUGGUUUUCAAUGCCGCUAGGAAGUACAAAUCAGGUAAAUCACUUAAUGAUUGUCUCCAUGUAGGUCCUAAACUGCAGAGUGACCUGUCAGCAAUAAUUUUGAAAUGGCGGACGCAUCGAAUUGGAUUUAUGGCAGACAUUGAAAAGUGCUACAGGCAAAUACUUGUCCACCGAGAUGAUGUCGAUAUGCAGCGCAUAAUUUGGACAGAUAAAGCGGGAUUACCAGUUACGUACAGAUUACUUACGGUCACCUAUGGUUUAAACUGCUCCCCGUAUGUCACAAUUAAGGUUCUCCAUACCCUGGCCGAUGAUGAAGAAGCUGACAUUCCUCAAGCUGCAAAGGUAUUACGGGAAUCAUUUUACAUGGAUGACUGUCUUCAUGGAACUGAUUCAGUUGAGACUGCUCAACAACUACAAACAGAGCUACAGCAGUUGCUGCAACGAGGAGGUUUCAUGUUAAGAAAAUGGAACUCAAAUUCUGAAGAGUUUCUACAAGGUAUUAACAUGACUGAGAAGUUAAGUGACAGUUGCUGCGAACUAAAUUUGGAUCGAGAAACAAAAGCGCUUGGCAUUUAUUGGUUUUGUCAGAGUGACUGCAUAGGCUAUAAGGUGAACGUCACCACAGUUUCAUCAGCAAUUACAAAACGUCAGCAACUGUCCGAUGUUGCCAAAAUUUAUGACCCAACAUGUCUUCUGGCUCCAGUAGUAAUUACUGGAAAAAUAACCUGUCAACAACUUUGGUGUUGUGGUAUAUCUUGGGACGAUCAACUUCCAGAGCCGCACCAGAAAAACUGGGUUAAAUUUCGUGAAGAGCUUCCACUGAUUGAUCACAUCAAAGUUCCCAGAUGGGUUUUCUCGUCACCAAACGCACUAAGUUGCCAACUACAUGUCUUUUCGGAUGCGUCUACCUCCGCUUAUGCCGCUGUUGCCUACCUACGAGUUCAAACCUUUGACGGUGACAUUAAGGUUUCGAUCCUCAUGGCAAAAACUAAAGUGGCGCCUUUGAAGAAAAUUACUGUUCCAUGCUUGGAACUCAAUGGGGCACUUCUUGCCUCAAAAUUGGCAUUCAAAGUUCUCGAAACACUGCCACUGACGUCAAUAACUCUUUACUGCUGGUCUGACUCGAAGACAACUUUAAGCUGGAUUAGAUCAAAUCCAGGACAACAUAAACAGUACGUGGCGAACUGA